UUUCAGUCGACAGAAAAUGAAUUCUUGUAAAAACAAAUUAUAACCUGAAAAAUCGGCGUCGUCGUUUUGUGAUUGGGAUGAAUUCUUGUUUGUAUACAUCUUUCUUUACUACUAGGUAAUCAGAACCGAGGACGUAUAUUUUUGCAGAAAUAAUGGAUAACGAUUUUGCUGAAGACAAUGAAGAUGAUGUUAUUAAUAUACUUCAAAACGUUAAAGUUGAAAUGGAACAUGACGACGAUGAUGAUGGUGAUAAUGAUGCUGGCUGUGAAGAUAAUUCCAACUUUGUCUGGGUGAAGGAAGAAAAAGAAGAUGAUGAUGAUGACAAUGAUGAUGCUGGCUCUAAAGAUAAUUCCAGCUUCGUAUGCCUGGAGGAUGAGAAGGAAGAAGAAAAUUAUGAUGUUGAUAAAGAAUCGAUAUCGAGCGGAGAGGAUGGAGAUUCUGGACAGGAUUCCACUAGUACGUCAACUCAUAUACCGUUCGAGCAAGUUUUCUUAAAAGAAGAGCAUGACAGCAAUUCAAUGGAUGAGACCUACACUGAACCGUUGCAGAAAUAUAACCACAGAGUGCUCUGUUGAUGAAUUUUGGUUAUUGUCCAUAACAAUGUAAACUGGAGAUUAGGGUCAAGUCAGUAUCAAGCAACAGAGUCGUUCAUGAAGCAACAUGGAAUAUAAAAGAAAACUUUUGAGUUUGAAAGCGACUCCCAGGAAUUAUAUAUUUUUCACAAAAUUCGGAUGAAGAUCCAGAUUACACACAGCCGAAAACUAUGGAAUAA